CGUUUCUUUUUGUUUUUCGGCUGCGCACUGAACGACACGUCAAACCAACACCAACACCAACAAGCAAGAAGCAAAGCAGCAUUCUGCUGCAACUCGCCAUCAGUGCCAGCAGUGCCACCGCAGUCACCAUCAACGCAGCUCAAGGAGCACGGCAGGCAGACAUGGACGAGUCGUUGGCAUCGUCCCAUGCAAUCCAAACAAGCCGACACAUUCAGGAGAGCAUCUCGCACUUGUUUGAUGCGGAGCGGCAGAGGAUCGCCGUUGACCAUGCCACGUCACUGCGCAAGGCACGUGAGGAGCAGUUCUCAACGCAGUCCGCACGCAUCACUGACGCCAUCGUCUCAGAUCGCCUGCGUGCCUCGCAGCAGGGCCUGCCGAAAAAUGCAACGCCUCCAUACACGCCACCGCGAGCAGCUAUGACUGCGAAUGGCGGUGUCUUGCAGGAAGAGAACCAGCACUUGCACGACGAAGUUACCCGCCUCUCUACACAGCUGCAACGGCUUUUGACCGAGAAGAUGCAGCAACAGCAACAACAGCAGCUCCAACAAAGUCCCAAGCUCUCUGAUUCCAGCGUGCAUGUUGUCAACUCACACGCCGUUCAGCUUGAGUACCAGCUCAAGCACGCCCAGACACAAUACGAGAAACAAAUCCUGCACCUGAGCGACACUCAGCGCCAACAGAACAAAACCAUUCGCCAGCUCCAGAUGAAGCUCAAGGAGUACCGAGAUCGGUGUCAGAAGCUGGAAACAACUGUUCGCGAGCACAAUGCCGCCCCCUCUAUACCCGUGAGCGACCACGAGAAGAUUCUUCAGGAAAAGCUGACGAGUCUGGAGCACAAGUCCCUCCAAAUUGCACAGGAGGUUCUGGCGGACACGCACCGAGAGUAUCAGCAGCAGUGGGAGCAGCGCUUCGUUCAGAUCAAGAGCGAGUGCGAACAGCAGCUGCAGACAAGACAGCAGCCACUGCACACGCACGCAUUGUCAACGAUUGGCGAAGCAAAGGCGAUGGUCGCUGAGCUGCGACAAGCAACGCUGCAGCAACUCGAUGCAUUCAAGCACCAUCUUCAUCAGCACGCCCACGACUACACCGGCAUUGUCGCCCGCUGUACACACGCAUGGGAGCGCAUCGUCGCAGAGCGAGACCGGCUGCAGGCGCUGUUGGAUGCGAGCGCAUCGACAACGCAGCAGGUGGUGGAAGCACGCGUGGCAGAGGCAUUAGCAGCGCGGGAGGCGGAGGUGGUGCGGCUGCGCACAGCACUGGAGGGAGAUGUCAAGGCGCGGGUGGAUGCAGCUGUCAGCGAACGCGUGCGACAAGAACAGGAGAAGAUGGAAGAGAGCAAGCGAAGGGAUAUGGCAGAGCUGCGACAGACACUCACACGCGAGUUUGAGGACCAAGCGAGGAAGGAGCAGGAGGCGUUGCAGCAGCGGCUUGAGCGUGACAUGCACGAGAGCCUGCAGGCACGUGUGCGCAACGUGGAGGAGAGGGCGGUGCAGGAAACGCAGCACAGACAAGAGCAGUUGCGGGCACAGCUGACACAAGAGAUGGAGGAGAAGGUGGCAGCUGCCCGCACACACGCGCAGCAGGAGAUGCAGCAGCAGCUUGCGCAGCACAAGCGUGCACUUGAGCAACAACACCGCCUUGCCGCACAGCAGCAAGAAGAGGAGACGGCAGCGGAGGUGGAGCGCCUGGUGUCUGCGCGUGUGCAGACAACACGGGGCGAACUUAAGCGCAAAUACGACCAGCAACUGCAAGCAGAGCGUGCAACGCUGACGGCAGUGCAACGCGAAUUGGAGGACACGCGACGGGAGCUGGAUGCGGUGCAGGGCACACGUGUCCGCGAGACCGUGGACGCAGCGGUGCGGCGGGAACGGGAGCGAUGGCAGCGGCAUGUGCAGGAGGGCACGACCGCCGCUGUGGAGGAGGCGAGGAGGGAGACGGAGCAGCGCACGCGCGAGUACAUGCAGCGCGAGAUGAGCGCAGCACUUGAGCGGGAGCGGCGUCAGAUGCAACAGGAGGCACAGGCGCAGCGCGAAAAGCUGCAGGCAACGCUGACGGCGGCCACGCAGGCGCAGGUGACGCUGCGUGUGCAGGAGAGGGUGGAUGCGGAGCGGCGAAGGCUGGCAGAGGAGAUGGACGCGCAGCGCCAGCGCGUGUGCGAGGAAGAGAGCGCACGGGCGCAGGAAGAGAUUGAGGGACGCAGACAGCAGCUUGCGCGUGGGUUUGAGGCGCGCAUGGAGAUGGUCAAGACGGAGCACAAGCAGCAGCUGGACAAGGCCGUGGCCGACGAGCGCGCGCGACAGCAAGAAAUGCACGCGGCCGAGGUGGCGAAACUGCAGCGCGCGCACGCACGCGAGCUUGAGCAACUGCGUGAAAGCAGUGACGUGCACACAACGGCGCUGGAAGCAGAGGUGCGGCAGAGGCUGGAGGCAGACAUGCACGAGCGAUUGGACGCAAAGCAGAGGGAACUAGUGGCAACUGCACGCCAGGAGCAGGCGCAGAGGGAGAGGGAGAUGAUGGAGUGGCGGCAGCAGUUCGAGGCGCAGGCGGCACUGCAGGUCGAACGCGCCCAGGCGGAUGCACACGCGCGCGCCAACGAAGAGGCGGAACAGCGGGCCGCACUUGCAGUGCAGGAAGCGAUACAGCAGCUGCGGACAGAGUAUGAUGCACGCGAGGAGCAGUGGCGCCAGACAACCAAGACAUCCUACCAGACCAGCAUGGACCGCGCAAUUGCAGAGAUUGAAGGGUUGGUGGCACAGCUACAGGAGGCGCAGCAGCGCGAACAUGCCCAGCUGCAGCACGUUGCUGACCUUGAGGAGGAGUGUGUUGCUGCGCUAGCAGAUGUCGUUGCUUUGCAGCGGCAACUCGAACACGCAUUCACACGGCCACAGGAGAAGCAGGCGUGGCUGUGCAAGGGGGCGUCGCACGACACCUUCCUGCCAUCCAUGUCCACACCGCGCUGGGAGGAAGACAGACAGGAGCAAGAGCAAGUGCCAGCGUUUGACUUUACGCUCACGCGCAGCAGCGGCAGCGGCAGUGCUCUCGGUCCCCUUCACGGCCGUGGUCGGGAUGGCACACAUCGCCGCGAUGGCAUUGAUGACAACGCCAUGCCUGCAGGCACGCGGGGGCGAGUCCUGUGCCCGGCAACGCCGACGAGCGAGGGCGAGGCAGAAGACAAGGGCAGCCAUGACAACAACCAGAGCAGGGGCAGUCAUCCCAGCGCUGAACGGCGCGGCGAUGCUUCAGGAGACAGCCAUCGUCAUUGCCGUAGUCGUGGUCGUCGUCGUCGUUUGAGCCAGAAGCGACCAGGCACGCCACGAGGAACACUCAUGCAGCACUUUGCGACUAUCUCGCACGUGGUUGUGCAGCUGGCACAGCUGGCAGAGAACGUGAGCGUGGCGUCUGGCGCCGAGGCCGACCAGCAAACCGUGCAUGCAAGCACAAAGGCAGCGAGACUCAACAUGUCUGCAACAACCGCCACAACGGCAACGAGUGGUGGCGGUGGCAGUGGCGGUGGCGGUGGAGCGAAAAGGCGUGCGCAUGAUGCAGGUGAGAGCGGCAGGGAAGAACCCACAGGCCAGACAAACCAACGUCUGCAGCAGCAGCAGCAGCAGCAACAACAACAACAACAACAACAACAACAACAACAACAACAACAACAACAACAACAAGCACGCCAACGCAAGAAGACCAAGGUGAAGGCAUCGUUGCAGCAGUCCAUCCGCACGUUGCUUGCAAGCAUGCACACGCAAGUGCAGACGCUCCAGGACCGGAUGGUGCGCUUGGAGGAGAGCACAACGGCACCGGCAACGGUGGACAGGUGGCUAGCAAUGGGCGACUCGCACGUGUCAUCCUUGGUGUCAUCGUCGUCACACCACCACCCACAGCAACAGCAGCAGCAGCAGCGCUCAAGUGCUGACGAUCACUAUCCUCGUUCGUAUGACAGUGGUGGUGAAAAUGACCAUUUGCUGGGUACAGAUUUCAUUCCCAUUAACACGAGACCAGCAACCAUGUCCACCACCAAGGAGCUUCCAGGCCGCACUGCUAGCGGUAGUGGCAAGCGCGAGCAGCAGCACCGUCGCCAGCGCAGACACAGCACACGUCAUCGUAGCCACCAGCAACAACAACAGCAGCAGCAGCAGCAGCAACAUCGACAGAAACGUGUCGAUGCCCUUGCACAUGGCGAAGACGAUGACAGCGUGCCUGCGCUUGGGCUGACCCGCAGCGACUUGGAGGCGUCAGAGGCCACCGGUGAUUCUCUCGGCGAACGCAAUGCACACGACGACCGCGACGAGAGUGCGAUUGUGUUUAAUCCUGACGAGACGCCCAGCCAUGACUGGCUCGAGCGGACACUUGGUGGUCACCACAGCCGCAGAGGCGGUGAUGGUGGUGGGUGGCCGCAGCCAACACGCAGCACGCCGCGUCGCCAGCACGUGACGCGAACGCGGAGGAAGCGCGAUCACCGCAGUGCAGAGAGGGAAGUGGUCUCAAUUCACGCGCAGCACCGGUCCUGGUGGAGCGACGGCCGCGAGAUGGGUGAGGGUGCUGCGGAUCGUAAUGGCAGACAAGGAAGUGGUGGUGAUGGCACUCGGGCCAGCGGUGACGUGACGGCGACAACAACUGCCGGCACUCAUCAUCGCCGUCGUUGCGACCCGGAGCAAACCGGGGACACGCGUGUGUCGAUCCCCGGCCUUCAGUUAAGCGCCUCUGUUGGUGGCUCGGCAGCAGCUGACGCAGCGCAUGGCGCAGAUGGCGGUGUUGGCCGUGGUGGUGAUGAUGGCAACGGUGCACGUGCCCACGGUGCUGGUGACGGGUCGCAUUGGGCGUUGCACUCGCGGUCGAGACAGCGCCAUCGUCAGAGUGUUGCUGAGCAGCAGCGCCCGUCCACGCUCGUGUUGCAGCUGCAGUGCUUCGUGGCAGCGCUUGCACACGUGUGUGCACAGCUAGGAAUUGCUUGUCCCGGCGCGGAUGUGUUGGAAUACGAACAGUGGGAGGAGGCACUGCACACCCUGGCCGAUGUGGCAGCCACUGGUUUCAGUGCAGCUGCAGUGACGAGUGCUCCAACAGCAGCAGCAGCUGCUGCUUCUUCUACUGUGAAUGCCCAGACCACCAUUCCUGCUGUGCAGGACGCGAACAGCAACAGCACCACUGCCCACGGCGGGCCUGGCGACCGUGAUCGUGACCGUGAUGGUGAUCGCGAAGGAGACAGCGGGAAUGUCUCGAUUGCGGAGCUGGAGCGGAUUGUGGACGAGUGGAGUGAAACGUUUGGCGCGUUCCACCCGGCAGCCAACGAACACAGUGGUGGUGGUGGCGGUGGUGGCGAGGGCGGUGGUGACAAGGGCGACACCGCAGAGCAGCAGCAGCGCCACGCUUCUGCUAUCGGCAGUGGUGGUCGUGGGGAUGGCAGUGGUGGCAGUAACAGUGGAGGUGGUGGUGGAGGUGGUGGUGGUGAUACCAUGCAGCCCAUUCUGUCCUCCGCAAUGCGAGGAGACGGCGUUGGCAAGCAAGUACAGCAUGUGCCAUCAACACCGACAAGGAGAGAGACGACGCGUGACAGGGGCACAGAUGGUGCGAAUGAGGAUGUACGCACCCUUGAGCCGCUGCUCAGCUCCCCAGCAGGUAUGCGAACGCGACAGCAUCAGCAGCAGCAGCAGCAGCAGCAGCAGGCCACGUGUGUGCAUGGCGAUGAUGGGGACAUGAAAGGGACCAGGAAGGAUGUGAGACGAGGAAGUGGGCGAGGAGGGAUUGUUCGCCGGCUGCAAGCGCUGCUGGAGACGUGCCAUUGGCAGGUGAUGGAGUUUGACUUGGAGGUGCAGCGGCUUCGCGACAAGUACACCCAGCUGAAAGCACAGGCACAGGCGAAGAAAGAAGAGAGGCGGCAGCGUCGUCGCGCGAGACGCGAACAGCAGGAGCAGUACCGCGCACAGAUCAAGAUGAAGGAAGAGCAGCUCAACCAGUGUCUGGAAACCAUGGAAGUCUCUUUACACAAGCUGUCCCAGCAACAGCAGCAGCAGCCGGCUGGAGCGCCGAUGAGCUGAAUUCAGUGUACACAUUAUCGUAUCGAAUGUCCAUGAAAGAUAUCAAUAAAUGACGUGUCUUGGCAACACCACC